AUGAGUACGACUACAACUACAACUACAAAUACAGAUAUACCUACUACAGCAUCUACAACAACGACGACUAAGAUAGAAGCAAAGAUUACAAAAUUGAAUAGUAUAAUGAAUGAUCAAAAUAUCAAAUUGGCAAAGAGGAAAAGAGCUAAAAAGAAGUUAACAGCAUUGACGUGCAAGAACAAUAGCAAGGUUGAAAAGACACCUAAUACUAAUAACAAUAGUACAUCAACAAAGGAAACGAAAACAUCGGCAGCAGCAGUAAUUAAAUAUGUAGAAGAGAUACCAAUACCAAAAUCAUUGAUUUUAAAAUUGAUCGAUGAUUAUGAUCCUACGGGAGGACCAAAAAGAAAGUUUAGAUUGUUUUCAAAAUAUGAUCAAGGUAUAUUAAUGGAUGAUGAAUCAUGGUACUCUGUGACACCAGAGAAAAUAGCAAAACAUAUAGCAGAGAGAUGUAGAUGUGACUUUAUUAUAGAUGGAUUUGGAGGAGCUGGUGGAAAUAGUAUACAAUUUGCAAGAACAUGUGGUCAUGUAUUGGCCGUGGAUUUGGAUCCGACAAAGGUACAAUUGGCAAUCAAUAAUGCCAACGUCUACAGAUGUGUAGAAAAGAUUGAUUUUAUUAAUGGUAAUUUUAUGGAUGUUGCUCGAUCCAUCCAAGGUAUCACUCAUGUCGAUGUUAUAUUCCUGUCACCACCUUGGGGUGGUCCAUCGUAUCGUGAUAAAAGCUUGACUCAAUUGUCAGACUUUACACCAGACGGUUUCGAUAUUUUCAGGGCUGCUCUUAAAAUUACACCAAAUAUAGUCUACUACUUGCCAAAUAAUAUCGAUCAUUUAGAUCUUGCCAAAUUGACUGCAAUGUCUCGUUCCUAUGGUGGAACCGAUCAUUGUGAAGUCGAAGAGAAUUAUAUCAACGAUUUUGUUAAAACUAUCACUGUUUAUUUUGGUAAUACCAUUAGAAAUUUCAACCCUUCAAAUGAAGAAUAG